AGCGGGCGCCGGAGGAGCAAUGGAAGCGAGGGCGCUUUUGCGGGCAUCGUGCCUUUGCCGCCGGCAGCCAGCGGCGAUGAGAGGCGCGGCUUGGGGGCCGUGGUUCCGCCGCCGCUUCGCCCCUUCGGCGCUCUUGGCUGUGGGUUCCCGUCCCGCCACGGGGCCCGGAGCCCUCAGCCCUUUCGACCGGCAGAUGAAGAGGAAGCAGAAGAAUUGGGCAGCGGGGCAGCCCCACGCGGAGCGCUACGAGUAUCUGCGGGAAGAGGUUGGUGGUAGGAUGGCCGAUCGUGUGUUUGACAUAGCCAGGACAUUUCCCCUUGCCUUGGAUCUUGGGUGUGGGAGAAGCUACAUAGCUCAGCAUUUAAACAAGGAUGUUGUUGAAAGGCUUUUUCAAUCAGAUGUAGCUGAAAAUGCUCUGAAGAACACAAUAGAUUCAGAAGUACCAAGAGUCAAUAUUGUAGCUGAUGAAGAAUUUCUUCCUUUCAAAGAAAACACAUUUAAUCUUGUUGUCAGCAGUCUGAGUUUGCAUUGGGUCAAUGAUCUUCCCAAAGCAUUGCAUGAAGUACAUCGAGUCCUUAAACCUGAUGGAGUAUUUAUUGGUUCCAUGUUUGGGGGUGACACACUCUUCGAGCUUCGGUGCUCUUUGCAACUAGCAGAACUAGAAAGAGAAGGUGGAUUUUCUCCCCAUGUGUCCCCCUUUACAGCUGUGAGUGACCUAGGACAUCUUCUGGGAAGAGCUGGCUUUAACACACUGACUGUGGAUUCAGAUGAAAUCCAAGUUAACUAUCCAGGAAUGUUUGAAAUUAUGGAUGAUCUACAAGGUAUGGGAGAAAGUAAUUGCUGUUGGAACAGGAAACCUAUGCUACAUAGAGCUACCAUGUUGGCAGCUGCUGCAGUGUAUAAGGAAUUGUAUGGAAAUAAUGAUGGGACAGUACCGGCAACAUUUCAGAUUUAUUAUAUGAUAGGAUGGAAAUUCCAUGAAUCACAGGCACAACCAGCACAGAGAGGCUCUGCAACAGUAUCAUUUGGAGAUCUGAGAAAAAUAAAUGAACUUAUUCCAGGCAAAAAAAACGUUUGACAUGAAAUAUCAUAGUAAUAUAAAUUGUAGAUAGUCUAUUGAAUAUUUAGCAGUUAUUUAAUUUUGACAAACAAAUGACACUAUAUUUCCCAAAAACUUUACUUCAGUACCUAGAAAAAAAGGGGGUUAUAUUCCUGUAUACCAUUUCAGUGGCUGUAUUUCUAUAUGUAAAUGGUAAUAGUAAAGUUGCAAAUUUGAACUGGAUACCUCCAGAGAAGUGAUAGUGUGUAUUUCUAUAUAGAUAUUGCCUGUCCAUGUGAAAAUAUGAGAGGUCCACCUACUCAAUAAAAAUGAAUGAAUGACAGAGAAGGGACUGGAUAAUUGCUCCUCUGACCCCUAGGCAUUAAUUACAUGGAAGGUCUACUUCUGACUGCUGCAUUUCUUGCAUCUUCUGUGAAAUAAUUUAUUCUCUGUUAGCUAGCAGGCUAUUUGAUGAAAGGAAAGCCAUGUAAUUCCGCUAUGCCAGGCCACAUGCUUGUGGGACCUAGAUUCUUGGCUAGGAUCCCAAGGCCACCAAUGAAGAGUUGAGAUGAAAAGUAAUGGUAUGCAGUAGGCAUAUGCUAAGAAUUAAGGAACAAUGGGCUUCUAAUUGUAUAGAUUACAGGUGACUAUU